AGUCGACCGCAGUCUAGGAGUUCCCAAAAUAAAGACUUUCUCCACAAUAAUAAUAUUAAUAUCCAUAAUAAGCACAACAACUCUAUUAGCAGUAUUACCGAUAUAUUUAACGAUGACUUUGAUGAUGAUUAUGAUGAGCACAGUAUGAAUGAAGAGGAAGACGAAAGGGAAGAGUUUGUGAAAGGAAUGGAAACAUUCCUCAGGGGUGUAGUCCAGAGGCGCAAUCAAAUGCGCGAUAUUGCCAACAAUGGCGCCGACAUCGGCGGCACCGGUAUUACAUCGACACAGUUGGGCAUCGAGUACAGGCUUAUCGGUUGCGUUACGUUUUACAAAAGCUAUCGGUCUCCCGGUGUUAAAGUAGUAUGCAUUCCGUUUAUAGCUGUGCGCACCCGUUAUAGGAGGUGUGGGAUCGGGAGGUUUCUACUGAAACGUUUGAAGCGUCCCUCACAAGUGGGUCCAUACGAUGCACUUGUAUUACAGGCCGACGUCGACAGUAUUGAGUUCUUCCGUAAAAACGAUUUCACUGACGAUAUAAUACUCAACAGUCGCUUCCGUGAGUCCAUACUCGACGACAAUGGGCGAGAAGUGUUGCCCCGUUCACUGGCCUACGGUCAUCGGGAGCUAAUGUGCUAUUUGCCGCCUUUCGAUGGCCACUAUCCGCCGAUACCGGGUACUACUGAAUGGAACCGUCAGGAAGUUAUGACAGCCAUAGACGAUGAGGUGGAGCGUUGGCGUGAUAAGAGUCUCGAGGCAUACCAGUCCCAGUGGACAUGUAUUGCUAGACUGCAACAGGAAAUUGUUAAAUUGAGAUCAUUGUUGAAAAAACAGGAGUCAGGUAUUCAUAGGUUGCGCAAAGAGAACCUCAACUUACAGAAAAUGCUUUUGCAAAGUGAAACCCAGUCAACAUUGGCAUUGAUCGAGGCAUGGAAAAAGGAAACGGCUAAUUAUGGCUGAACUCAUUGAUGACAGAUACCUGUUAUAUAUAUUAACAGUAAAUAAGUGAUGAAAAUAAGAUAAAGAGAGAGAGAGAGAGAGAGAG